UUAAAGGCCGAGCACACGGCACGAUUUCCCACCGCCAGUAUGUCAGAUCGGACAUACUGGCCUCCGUACCACCUGCUGAUCCCACGAGAAACUAGCCCCAAACCUGCCGGUACGGGUGGAGCGGCACAACACCCACGCCCACCUCGACUCAGGGAGCGUGGAUACCCUGAUCCAACCCGGACUGGCAGACGGGAGUCCUCGGACAUGAGGUUGCGGUGGGCUGCAUCCACGGCCGAACAGAGACCUACCCCACAAACCGCAUUACAGUACAAACCCCGAAGGGAACCUUCACGGUUCAGGCCGGGGUGGUACCAAACCUCCCCAUGCCUCUUAAUUGGGCGGGACUGCCCCAUCUUUGGAAGACUGUUAGGGGCAGAGCUCCGGACACCCCAACCCCGACAUCUCCGGGUAAGACCACGCCGGUUGCGUAGCCGGCAUGUCUACAUGGCAGCCCAACAACCGCCAUCCUGGUCCGACUCCGACGACGACGAGUCCCUCGAAAGACGGGACGCAAACCACACGGCAGUCCACGGACUCCAUUCCCCGGGGGACCCCAGAAACGAUGACCGCCUCCGAACAGACACCCCCUCCGGAGGAGAGAGAGAGAGCCCGGACCUCAUCGAUUUCUCCGACGUACCCCUCGCCGUCGAGGGACGUACGGACAGGGGCGGACAUUUCGCCACCGCCCAACUGGAGGACGACGCCCAUAAACAUGCCUGGGGACACGUACAGGUCCAUGAGGGCGUAUCCAGGGACUCGUUUUUACGGCGUGCCUUGACAGCCCCGGAGCGAUUCAUCCGCAGGUAGACGAGGGAGAGGAGAGCAGACAGGAACGCGCCUCCACUCGUCAUCAUCAAGCCCCGUGACUGUUUCUUUUUCUCAUUUAGGUUCAUUGCCUUUUAUUAAGAUUAACACCCCCCCCCCACCACAGCCAUGACGCAGAGUAAUGACCUAAUCAAUCCGACUUAAGUCCCUGUGCUCACCAGACAAAACUCUAUUCUGUUUUUCUGUGUGCGUGUGUGUGCGGAGGGUGGGUUAUUGUUUGGCUGCCAUCUUAAGUUGAGUUACGUAUCACUUAAAGUUCUCAGUCAUGCCGAGCUGCCUUAUGGUGGCUGUUUUA